AUGAAACUGUCUCGCAUAUCCAUCCUCCCCUGUCUCCCGAGCGCCACCCUAUCAUCCAGCUGCUUCUACCCCGCCGGCAACCAGGACGAGGGCCUCGUCCCCUGCAGCGCCGGCACCACCGGCAGCUCCAACAGCAUCUGCUGCAACGAGGGCGAGACGUGCUGGAGCCCGGGCCUCUGCCAGGCCGUCGCCGUCAACGCCUCCGUGUCGACCCAGUUCACGCGCUCGUCCUGCACCGACCCCACCUGGCAGGCCGACGAGUGCAUGAGCUUCUGCGUCCAGGAACGCCCCACAACAUCCGAACCCGUCCACUACUGCGGCAACGGCGUCUUCUGCUGCGACCAUCCCGACUGCUGCGACGACCGCGCCGCCGCCGACCAGCUCCUCACCAUCGGCGUGCCGUCCGCCACCGCCGUCGCCUCGCAGACCGCCGCGGGAGCCGCAACAGCAACAGCGACGACGACGAGGACGGUGACGACGAUAAGCAAGUUCUCGGCCAAGAUCGCCAUCGGCGUCGCGGUGCCGGUGGGUGCGGUGCUGGUGCUGGGGGUGGCGGUGGGGAGUUGGGUGUUGGGGAGGAGGAAGGGGCGGGGGGAGGGGAGGGGGAUGGGGAUGGGGGCGGCGGUGGGGGCGGUGGGGGGAGGAGGAGGAGGAGGUGUGGCGGGUGUUGCGGAGGUGGAGAAGGGGGAAGUGGAGGGCGAGGGGUUGGAGGAGGAGCACCGGCGGCAGCGGCGGCGGGGGGUCGACGUUUUUGAGAUUCCCGCGGGAGGGGCGCCGCGCCACACCAAGGCGGAGCUGGCGGCGGCGGAGCACGUUGCCUCGGAGGUUGCGGGGCAGCCUAGGUCGGAACUGCCGUGA